AUGCAAGAGUCGAUUAGAGUUGCACCAAAAACUAUUCGAUUCACCGAUCAAAUUCAAGUGAGAGAAAUUCCAAAUAAUGAGGAGGAGAAGGAAGCGCAAGAAAAAUCAAAUCGACGCGCAUCAUGGGAUCCAAAUUUAAAUAAUAAAGAUGUUUUUCGUAUACCAGCAAAACGUCAACGGAAUUGUGUUAUUGGAUGUGUUGUCUGCGGCCUAAUUGUUGUUGUUAUCAUUGUCGGUGUUUCAUUAGGAGUGAUACUUAGUCAGACAUCAACAACUACAGCUGCUCAAUCACUCACAUACAAUGCAGUAUGCACGUCAGGCUCGAAUCAAUGUAAAUCUUCACAAAACCUUUAUUGUCCAAAUGGAUUUUGUUCGUGUAUCUCACCUUAUUCAUGGAAUACGGUACUUAAAACUUGCACAUUAUUGACGUAUAAUCAAGUAUGUUCAACAUCAAGUCAAUGCAAUUCAUCAUUAGGGCUCAGAUGUACAAAUCAAAUUUGUCAAUGCGACAGUUACCAUUCAUGGGUAUCAUUAAAUAAUACAUGUGUAACUAUUGUAAAUAAUACUUUAAACUAUGGUGACACAUGUGCGGUUGGAUCAAGCCAAUGUAAUUCAUCUGUUGAACUGACUUGCACGGGUAAUUGUACAUGUAAGAACUCUAAAGUAUGGAAUAUAUCUACGUGCGUUUGUCCAGCUGCAACAUUUUUAAAUUCAUCGAAUCUUUGUCAAACAGCAUACACGAAUAAUCAAACAUGUACCAUCGGCUCUAACCAAUGUGAUUCAACAAGAGGUCUUUCAUGUUAUAACAAUAGUCGAUGUGCAUGUGAUUCAGCCAAAUAUUGGAAUAUAAGUUCUCAAACAUGCUUACGUCGCCUUAAUUAUUCUGAAGCUUGUUCAUACGAUAGUGAUUGUCAACCAACAUUGAUAUGUCCUACAAUUCCAGGUUAUUGUAAUUGCCCUCUAUAUUUAGCAGGUUAUGUCUGCAAUUGUGCGAACACAACUUAUUAUGAUUCAACUCUACAACAAUGUGUUAAUCGAGCUGCAUAUAAUGGUUCCUGUAUAUCAUCAGCAAAUUAUACAUGCCUUUCACCGCUGUAUUGUAAUGCGGGUAUAUGUAAUUGA